AUGCAACGACUUAUAAGCGAUCCCUGCGUUACAUAUACAAUUCAGAUACCUAUUCAGAAAUAUACAUUGUUAUUGUCUUUUUUUUUUAUUAUUAUUGUUAUUUUUUUUUUGUCUAUAAUUUUUUGUGUGGAGCGGAAUAAAUUUCCUCUAAGAGAGCUUAUCGCUAGGAGCGCAAUCCCCCAGGAAUAUAAAAUGGGAUUCAACUUUCCUGAAAUGAAAAAUAGAACAAACUGGGUAUACACACCAAUGAAGUUACUCAUCCUAUCCAUGAUUGGCUUGGUCUCGGGGCAGGCAAUUUUCAGAACAUCACUGUCAUCACUCCUUGACCAACUAUACGGUGAGAUCGUGGACCUCACUCCGACAUUCGACACCACCAGUGCCGACACAGACAGAGUUCUUGCUAUGAGAUCCAAGUUGACCUUGCCAGACAAGGACGACACCUCGGACAUUGCUGCUGACCAAAAUAUCUUUGGUGGAAUUCUCACAUUUGCACAUUUGGACCACUUCAACUGUUUUGUCAGCCAGGAUGAGAACCCAGCCAUGGACAUUGCCAUUGUGGGUGCACCAUUCGACACGGGAACAUCGUACCGUCCAGGAGCACGGUUUGGACCACAGGCUAUUAGAAACGCUGCUGCCCGUUUGACAGGCUCACUGAAAUCAAAACACAAGAGAGCUGGUUACCCUGUUGAUCCAUACGACGGCAACACCCACAACUAUUCCAUCAUUGAUUGUGGGGAUGUGGCCAUGACCCCGUUCGACAAUAGGAUUGCGUUGAACCAGUUGUACCGUGGACACAGAAGUAUUCUGAAGCACACUGGUAAUGUUCACUCCACGCCUAGGAUCAUCACUCUAGGAGGCGACCAUACCAUCACCUUAAUGGCAAUCAAGAAUGCACAUGAGCUGUUGGGAGCCAAAGUCAGGGUGUUGCAUUUCGAUUCACAUAUUGAUACGUGGGAUCCCAAGGUGCUUGGUGGCGGCAUAACGGACUACAUGUCGUUGAACCACGGCACGUUCCUUCACUAUGCACACGAGUUGGGGUACAUCCAGAGAAGCGGUAACUACCAUGUCGGUAUUCGAGCACCAUACAUUGAUGCCAGCUACGACAAGAACCACGACAAUGAGUGUGGAUUCAACACCAUCCAUGCAAAUGACAUUGACAAGAUUGGUGUGCAUGGAAUCAUCCGUGAGUUGUCCCACGAGCCUGACACGCCUACUUACAUCUCGGUGGAUAUCGAUGUGUUGGACCCAGCGUAUGCUCCAGGUACGGGAACAAUGGAAGCAGGGGGGUUCACCACCAGAGAGUUGUUGAGUAUCCUUGACGGGUUGAAGGGCCAUGUGAACUUGAUCGGUGCGGAUGUUGUUGAAGUGAGUCCGCCAUAUGACACCAACAGCGGGAUCACUAGUUUGGCGGCCACAAGUGUGGUGGACUCGCUCUUGAAGUUGAUGGUUGUGUAG